AUAUGUAAGUACCAUCUCUUAAUACUCUUGUACGAAACCCUAUUAUCACUCAUAAAUUUUCUUACCCACAAACUUUUAUUGCGUUUCUCUAAAAUCUCAAGACUUUAAUUGUGAAAUACAUCUUUCUUUCUCAUACUAACAUACCCACCAAGCUCCCUAAAGUUUACUUCUGUCGGAUGCUCAAAUUUUGCUUUCGAAAUUUAAUCAAAUAUUUCUAGAAAGACCCCAAAAGGGCUAGUUAGCUAGCUAGUUAUAGGAAGAUCAAUUAUAAGAAAAAGCAAGAAAAUCAUGGAAAAUGGAGAUCAACAAGCAAAGGAAGAAAGUCUGCCACCAGGAUUUAGAUUUCAUCCAACUGAUGAAGAGCUUAUCACUUUUUACCUUGUUAAUAAGAUCUCCGAUUCUACCUUUUCUUGCCGAGCUAUUGCUGAUGUUGAUCUUAACAAAUCAGAACCAUGGGAUCUUCCAGGGAAAGCUAAAAUGGGAGAAAAGGAGUGGUAUUUCUUCAGCCUAAGGGAUAGAAAAUAUCCAACAGGAGUACGAACAAAUCGUGCAACAAACACUGGUUACUGGAAAACCACCGGAAAAGACAAAGAAAUAUUCAACACUGUUACCACUGAUUUGGUUGGUAUGAAGAAGACUUUGGUUUUCUAUCGGGGGAGAGCUCCGCGUGGAGAGAAAACUAAUUGGGUCAUGCAUGAAUAUCGUGUUCAUUCUAGAUCUGCUUAUCGAAGUGCCAAGGAUGAAUGGGUAGUCUGUCGGGUAUUUCAAAAAAGUGCAGGAGUAAAGAAAUACCCAACAACGCAAUCCACUCGAGCAAUCAACCUAGAAAUGGUACCAACUCACAUACUUUCAUCACCAUUGCUUCCAUUAGAUCCAUCUCAAUUUAACGUAGGAAGAUCCUACAUGCUCAACCAUCAUGUCGAUCAUCUUACCGACCUUUCGCGUGUCCUUCGAACUGGUUCCUCUAGUACAUCAUCCUUACCUCUACAAACCCAAAUAAACUACCCACUUGGACCCGUUACUGGACCCGGUAAUGGACCCGGAUUCACCAUUUCGGGUCUUAACUUAAACCUUGGUGGGGCCUCACAUGGUACACAACAAUUAAGGCCAAUGAUGAACCAACAACAUGAUGUUACUUCAUCCAUGUUGAAUGGACUAGAAAAUGGUUAUGGAUCCAUGGAUAUGAAUAUAAACAAUGGGCAUGGUGGAGAAUCAAGUAGUAGGUUCAUGAAUGUGGACAAUUGUGUUGAGUUUGACAAUUAUUGGCCUCCAUAUUAAGGACAUGUCUUAAGAAUAUAAAUGGGUUUUGAGUUUUCAACCAUAUGGAAGUCAUUUGGUUGUAGUACUAAAUUAUAUUAACUAUGUAAUGUUAUAUGUUUAGUUUAAAUUAUAGUAAUUUUCAUUGUAGUUGUAACUUUAGCUUGUUUCAUGUAUUUUAUGGUUAUUUUCAUGUUAGAAAAUUUCUAAUUUGAUGCAUGUGACUUGUGAGCUUUUCUUCAUCUAGAUAUUGGGCUUAAAAUUUGACCCUCAUGAUCAAAGAUUUGUAGAAACAAUUUGGUACCAAAAAAAGGUUUAUUUUGGGAGGUCCCAUUAAUAUUAUGUACUUAUUCCAAAUGCGGAAAUGUCUCAAUCCUUCUAUCGUUCUCUUGAUAUGUCAUUCUAUUAACGGUCUGUUGGAAGUUGGUUUAAUGAUGAGAAUUGUAAUAGAA